AUUUAAGUCUCGGAAUUUUCUAGGUCGCCAUUGCACAGCAAUCCCUUCUUASGACUAAUGUUUCCCCUUCUGUARAAUAGUKUGCAAGUCCUCAAGUUGUCUGUUUGUCUUCUGCAGAAGAGCAACGAAAGACGUGCUCAUUCUUCAGCACAGUUGGGAACAAGUUUAUUCUUAUCCGCUGUUUGUUACUGAUACGCCGCAACUAAGUCCAAAACAAGCUGAAACUUUAUAUUUCAACGUCUAAUAAGAGGUGUGAGACAMCAUAACAUCCUCGAUUCGUCAUGAGUUCCGUUUCUUCAGGGAAACAAACACCACAGUCCAAAAAGUUUUCCUAUUCGACAACAAGCGAUGGAAAGGAUGACAAGCCAGCGUGGACUACCCCUAAACUUAAACCAGUUCGUCGGCACGGGGCUCCAAGAUCGUUAGCCGAUUUACUUCAAGCUGACCAAAAUAGACUAGAUACCAAGAAAGACGAAAGUGAACCGAACAAUAACGUCCAAUCACCGGGCAAUAGAGGCGCGACUGCAGCCAAUGGCAGCGAUAGUAAAACAAUCGAACCAACCAAUCAAAACGACUCAAAAUCGCCCAGCACAGGAAGCCCAACAAGAAAAGUCCAGUCCACUGUAGACAUCACGCCAAAGUCACCAACAUCUACGAAUUCGCCAAUAACAAAUGGAAAUAUUCCAAACGGAAUGAGCUUCGCGGAAAGAAGGGCUCAAGAAAGAGAAAAAGGAAACUCAGKAACAGGAAGYUUAGGCAGAACGCCAGCAAAGUCGCCGUUUGUUAUCGCUAGCAAAAAGGUCGAGCAAACACCAAAGGAGCAAAUUAGAAAAACUUCKUCAGAGCAUAUUGUGUUGAAUUCACCAGGGAAUAGUAACCCUAAUAGUCCAACUAAACGGACUCCUGUGUAUUGGAAAGACCGAGCAAGAGCUGAGAAUAACGAUAGCCAAACGCGAAGUCCUAGUCAAAGUCAUAUCACAAGUGAGAGAACUUCAAAUGGGUUACCAAAGAUGGGUGUAAUACAAKCCAAACCGRUUAAGGAUGASGAGAAAGUGACUCAAKUGACCCCAGCACAUGGUAGGGCAUCUCCUCGACGUGUUCAMCAAASYACGACUAUAAAUUCUACACCAGUAAAGAAUAUAUCUUCGUCAAAUCAAAACCAACACAGAAACGAUUCUCACAAUAAUCGGAUUACAGAAAACAAAACAGAACAGGCAGAGACGAGUUCUCGUGACGUGAUUGAAAGACAAACUCGAAACAUUCAAAGUAAUACGUCGGAAAAGAAAACAACAUUAGCGACGAGUAUAAGCGUCAAGCCAGCACAGGAUAGCAAAGUGACAACGAAAGCGAAUGUAAGCUUAGAAUCAGYACAGGAUAACAAAACAAGGUCUAGAAUGAGAAGAGAGAAAGYAAACCAGCCAUCAUCACCACCACCCCCACCCCCACAGGCAUCSUCASCAUCACCCACAAAGGCAUCCUYACCAUCACCCCCAMAGGCAUCCUCACCAUCAMCCCCACAGGUCGAAGAGAAAGAACCAAAAGCAAAGRUUCGAGAAGAAGGAGUUCGACAUCCCACAAUGCCAUUCAUGAUGGCACAAAGUGACAAUGAAGAGGCGGAUUCACUCAGAAACGAGCUCGAGAAACUAAAAACAGAACACGAAAGUGUCRUAGGAAUGUACAAAACCACGAUCGCCAAACUGAAAGAGGAACUUGAAGAAAUGAAACUAUUGAACGCUUUAACAGCUGAAGGAGGUACACCAGCAGCACCACCUCCUGCCCCACCACCACCCCCUGGUGGUAGUUCUGUACCGCCKCCGCCACCACCACCCCCUCCCGCACCGGGAGCAAUGGGUGCUCCUCCGCCACCCCCACCGCCUUUACCUGGUGGUCCACCACCACCACCACCCCCUCCGGGUGCAACCCCACCACCUCCCCCACCGGGAGGAUUGUCAAAGGGUCUAGUAAGACCUAGGAAAGGUGUUAUCAAGCCAGGAGUUGAGAUGAGGCCGCUGUUUUGGAAAAGAAUUUUAGUUGAUGAAGUAAUAGAUGAACAAGAUAAGACAAAAGGCAGAAAUAAUGUAUGGAACAAUAUGAAGGAAGCAGAAUUUGACAUCAAAGAGUUUCAAAGGCUCUUUGGUAGGAAAAUUAACAAACGAAAGAGAGCUAAUAAACGAAAAUCUCUUCACGAAGAUGCUAUUUUCAGUCAUUCGGAGGGCAAAAACGUGAUCAAGGUACUCGAUAAUGGUCGAUCACAGACUAUCGGUAUCAUCAUGACAAGCCUGAACUGCCAACUCGAUGACGUCAAAGAUGCCAUUUAUAAAAUGGAUACUAAUACGAUAGAUAUGGACGGUCUAAAGGCUCUGUAUCAUAUUCGACCAAAACCAGAAGAAAUUGAAGUGAUAAGUAAAGAAGUACAAGACCAUCCAAACGCUCCMUUGGACAAACCAGAAGAAUUCUUGAUGCGUCUCCACAAGAUGGACCAUUUCUCUGAACGACUCGAGUGCUGGCUGUAYAAAGAUCGUUUUACUGAAACCGCUCAUGAUGUUUCUCGUCGACUUGGCGCCAUUGGUGAAGCGAACGCACACAUUCGUACAAGCCAAGAGAUYCAGUUUGUUCUGUCUCUUGUAUUGGCUCUGGGUAACUACAUGAAUGGCGGCACAACACGAGGUCAGGCUGACGGCUACCAACUCAAUGUGCUAUUGAAGCUGAAAGAUAUCAAAACACAGGACAACACGAUGAACCUGAUGCAGUACAUUGUACAAUACUAUUGUAAARCUCGCGAGGUCAAGGGACCUGGGGCUGACUACACGUUACCAGACCCCUACAUCGUCUUGGCUGGUUCCCAGUCUUCCUUCAAAGAAAUUCGCGAAAACAUGGCUCAAGCAAAGAUAACUUUGGCAACCUGUAAGGCAAAGCAUGAGAUUGUCGUCCGUGAAGGUGCUGCUGAGUUUCGUGAGCCAUUUGACAGCUACAUGAACGAUUUCUUCAAAACAGGCGACGACGAGUUGACGAGACUCUCAGAAAAAAUGGAGACAAUAGCAGGCGAAUUCAAGAAAAUCACUGAUUAUUUUAUGUUCAAAGGCGAUGGAGAUGAAGAGGUUGGUCCUCCGUUGUUCUUUGGAAUUUGGGGAAGCUUUUUAGAAGACUUUAAGAAUUACUGGAAGGCCGAGGUUUUACAAAUAGCCAAGAGAAAGUUCAACAAGACKGAACAUUUACAACAGAUCAAAGCGAUGGCGACUCAGUUCAUUAGUCGGCGUAAAUCKUCGUCCAAAGAUAAAAGCACCAAAGAAAGAGCCGCGUCUGCUUCGGUCAAAGCCGUGAAAAAAUAGAAAAAGAAUCGUCAUUAGUCAAGUUAAAAAACUCACAAAGAACAACUGGAGUAGCUUACGUAUGAGUGGGAAAUUUCACGUUACGCACGGUUAUACGGAUAGCUACGGAAUUGUAGUACGUCUGUAAAGCUUAGUGUUUUGAUAAUGAUUCGGUUGCGUCCAGUUUUCCCAUUCAUACGAGAGUGAUKUUCCGACGUGUGAAACGUUAACGACUGCGUAAGAAGUCGGCGUUUCCGCAGCAAAUACGUUACGGUUGGUCGUGUGGCUAAGAAUUCUAAAUCGUUUAGAUUUUGAAGGACAUUUCGUUUCAGUCGAAAGAUUUUAAAAAAUACAUCAAAAUUGUUUGAAGAUGGAAUAGUAACUUUUAGAUAUUAGAGAUUGGAAGAAUUUGGCGAAAAAAAAACUAUGUGGAUAGGAACAAGAAGCGUUUGUUACAUACUUAGGGUAAUUCCAGUAACAGAGUGUGAAGAAAAUCAACUUGUAGUAGGGGAGGGGUCGCGUGCAGUGUGGACGAAAGAGGGAUAAAAACAAUUUACUUUAGCAGCAAAAGUAAAAAAAAUGUUUUUUAUUAUUUUCUCGUGUUUAGUGAGUAAAUGCUGAUUUACUCACAGUUAAAUAAUUGUAAAUAUUAUCACAGCAACACUGGUCGCCAUAAAAACCGCAUUGGUGACCAUUCAGAAAGUCUAGAGUAACUGUUUCCAAUCUCUCUCUGCCAGUAUAUACUACAGGAAAUCCAAUUUGCAUGUAGUGUGUCAAUAUUGAAACUAUAACUUGAUAGCGUACACAGGCGGCUUAGCUUGCUUGUAUUUAGACUAGUGUGUUGUAAGCUUUUUGUUGCUUUUUCUAUCCUGUUUGACAAAGCCCUUGUAUAUAGGUAUAAAAAAUAAAGAAUUUUUUACUGCA